GUUGGCUAGCACUAGCUAGCCAAGGCGACUUCAAGACACAAAACUUGAAACCGUCUAAUCAGAUCAUCUAGAAGGUGUCUUAGAACUAAAAAAUGGAAAUGCGAGAGCAAACCGAAGAUCCUGAACCGAACAACAACAUCGAAAAUUCUGAACCAGACCACAAGUCAACAGAAAAGCCACAGCGCAUCACUGCCUGUCUGGUGAAUGCAGCCUUCUUUGGUGCCCUUGGGUCAUCUUAUCUCUAUGGCUACAACCUGUCUGUCGUCAACGCUCCUGCACUGUAUAUAAAGAUAUUUUACAACAAGACAUGGAUGGAGCGCUACGGAGAACCCAUAGGAGCAGACAUGGUCACCAUGCUAUGGUCCGUCACAGUCUCCAUAUUUGCCAUUGGGGGCCUGCUUGGAGCGCUCUGCGUCACGUUGCUCACGAAACUCAUUGGAAGGAAGGGCACCUUGCUCUUGAAUAACGGCUUUGCAGUGAUAGCUGCUCUUUUGUUAGCCCUGGGAGAGAAGGCUAGAUCUUUCGAGAUGCUCAUCAUCGGUCGUUUCGUCAUGGGGGUGGACUCUGGUAUUGCUCUCAGCGCCCUGCCCAUGUAUCUGGGCGAGAUAUCCCCCAGACACGUGAGAGGCUCCAUUGGCCAAUUCAACGCCAUACUCAUCUGCCUGGGGGUGUUCACCGGACAAGUCCUGGGACUUCCUGAACUUCUGGGCCAGUCCACAAAGUUUGACUUGGCUCGCCUGUUGACGUCACACCGUCUCCUUUGCGUUCGGAGGUUUGAGAAGGUCGAAGCUUGA